AUGGAUCAAUUCGAAAGCCGUAAACCGAGUGCCACCACCAUGCCGGACUCGCACCACGACGCCAUGAAGGAGGCACCGCCCGUCCACGCCGUCAACUUUCGCGUCCUCAUCAUGGGCCUCCUCGUCUCCAUGGGUGGCUUCAUCUUUGGCUACGAGGGCGGCGCCAUUUCCGGCUACCUCCAGAUGAACGACUUUAUCAGCCGCUUCGGCGAGCACGGCGAGGCCCUCGGCAAGGUUCGCACCGGCUGCAUGGUCGCCUUCCUCUGCGCCGGCUGCCUCAUCGGCGCCCUCGUCAGCGCGCCCAUCGCCGACAAGUACGGCCGCAAGUACAGCAUCACCUUCUGGAACGUCAUCUACAUCGUCGGCAACAUCGUCGCCAUCACCGCCCGCACGACCUGGUACCAGGUGCCCCUGGCCCGUCUCGUCGGCGGCCUCGGCAUCGGCGCCCUCUCCGUGCUGACGCCCAUGUACCAGUCCGAGACGUCGCCGCGCCAGGUCCGCGGCAUGCUCGUCAGCGCCUACCAGCUCUUCAUCACCCUCGGCAUCUUCACCGCCUACUGCAUCAACUACGGCACCGAGUCCAUCUCGGGCGCCGCCUCGUGGCGCAUCACCAUGGGCUGCGGCUUCAUCGCCCCGGCCAUCAUGGGUCUCGGCGUCCUGACGCUGCGCGAGUCGCCGCGCUGGGACUUCCGCCACGGCCGCACCGACGAGGCCGAGACGACGCUGGCCCUCCUCUCCGGCGUCGAUCGCACCCACCCCACCGUCCAGCACGAGAUUAGCGACAUCCGCAAGCAGCUCGCCGCCGAGCACGCCGAGCAGGCCUGGCACGAAGUCUUCACGGGCCCCGCCAUGAUGCGCCGCACCCUCCUCGGCAUGGCCCUGCAGGCCCUGCAGCAGCUCACGGGCGCCAACUUUUUCUUCUACUACGGCACCCAGAUCUUCGCCGCCGUCGGCCUCAGCAACUCGUACGUCACAUCCAUGAUCCUCGGCGCCGUCAACUUUGCCUCGACCAUUGUCGGCCUCUGGAUCGGCCAGCGCUUCGGCCGCCGCCCCGCCCUCAUCGUCGGCGGCGCCUGGAUGUUCGGCUGCUUCCUCGUCUUCGCCUCGCUCGGCUCCUUCGCCCUCUACCCCGACAACAACCCGGGCGACGCCAACGCCCGCACCAACUCGGGCGCCGGCGGCGCCAUGAUCGCCUUUGCCUGCCUCUUCAUCUUCGGCUUCGCCACCACCUGGGGCCCCCUCGUCUGGGCCAUCGUCGGCGAGAUGUUCCCCUCGCGCUACCGCGCCCGCAGCAUGGCCCUCUGCACCGCCUCCAACUGGCUCUGGAACUUCCUCAUCUCCUUCUUCACGCCCUUCAUCACCGACGCCAUCCAUUACAAGUACGGCUACGUCUUUGCCGCCUGCUGCGGCGCCGGCGCCAUCAUCACCUACUUCUUCGUCGUCGAGUCCCAGGGCCGCUCCCUCGAGGAGGUCGACACCAUGUACGUCGAGGGUGUCGUGCCCUGGAAGAGCAAGACGUGGCAGGCUGCCGAGGGCCAGCUCGACGGCAGCGAGCCCUCAGCGGAGAAGGCCGAUUCGAGCGGCGAGCACCUGCGUGUGUAG